UAUAACAUUAAAUCAAUAAAAUAUUUUCAUUUAAUUAUAAAACCAAAAAUCAAUUAUUAAAUAAUGUUAGAUAUUAAGUGUAUUAUUUUACCUUUUAUCGUUUUGGCAAUAAUUAAUUCAAAUGAAACCAAUUGUGAGAUAUUAAGGGAUGCGAAGGACCUCGCUCAUUUAGUGCCAUACCCUCAACAAAUAGUCAGUUAUGCAACACAACUGACCAUUGAUUCAAAUAAUUUUAAAUUUGUUACAAAAACCAAACAAAAAUGUGAUUUAUUGGACGAUGCGAUCAAAAGGUACCGUAAAUUGGCGUUUAUUAACGGCUGUUAUAAUUUGCAUAAUGAAAACAAAAGUCCAUUUGAAUCAAUUGAAUUAAACCCGAAUGAAGACUAUUUAACAAAUAUAACGAUUGAAGUGAAGGGCGAUUGUGUGGACCAAUGGCCUCACCUUCAUAUGGACGAGAUGUACACUUUAAGAAUAGAUACACAAGACUUUCCUAAACAGGCCUUUCUAUUCGCUAACACUAUUUGGGGUGCCUUAAGAGGAUUGGAAACAUUCUCGCAAUUAAUUCAACAUAAAUCUGACAAUACUUUUGCAAUCAAUUCCACAUUUAUUGUCGAUUUUCCUCGUUUUACAUACAGAGGAGUACUAAUUGACACUUCAAGACAUUUUCUGCCAAUACAUGUGAUCCACGAAAACUUGGAGGCAAUGUCUUACUAUAAGAUGAAUGUUCUUCACUGGCAUAUAGUGGACGACCAAUCGUUUCCUUAUGUAAGCCAAGAGUUCCCCGAAUUGAGUUCAAAGGGUUCUUAUAAUCCAAAAACACAUGUUUAUAGCGCUGAAGAUAUCAAGAAUGUGAUUGAAUUUGCGCGCUAUAGAGGUAUUCGGGUUAUCGUUGAAUUUGAUACUCCGAGCCAUUGUUUGUCGUGGGGUAAGGGAUAUCCACACCUUCUCACACAAUGCUAUUCUGGCGAUAAACCAAACGGACAGUUGGGAGCAAUGAAUCCGAGCAGAAACACUACCUUUGAGUUUUUAAACUCGCUGUUUAAAGAGAUUGCUAAUAGAUUCCCGGAUCAAUACAUACACAUAGGCGGUGAUGAGGUGAACACAACGUGUUGGAAAUCAAAUCCCGAAAUCCAGUUAUUCAUGAAAGAUCUGGGAAUCAGUGGUGAAUACGACAAACUGGAAGAAUAUUUCUUUAAGCGUUUAAUUAAAAACAUUUCGGGACUAAACAAAAGUUGGAUCGUUUGGCAGGAAGUGUUUGACAGAAAUAUUUCGAUUCCAAACAAUACUAUCGUUAAUGUGUGGAAACAGAACUUCAACACAGAAUUAUAUGAAUUAACAAAAUUGGAUUACGAGGUCAUACUGUCUUCGUGUUGGUAUUUGAAUAAAAUAUCUUACGGUUACGAUUGGUUUCAAUACUACACAUGCGAUCCGCAAGGUUUCAAUGGCACCGAUCAUCAGAAUAGUCUGGUUUUGGGAGGACAGGCGUCAAUGUGGGGCGAAUGGGUUGAUGCCAGUAAUUUCAUGACACGAACAUGGCCAAGAGCUAUGUCUGUGGCCGAAAGAUUAUGGAGUCCGAAGAGUUUGUCAAAUGCAACCGAAGCUCAGUAUAGGUUUGUGCCCAACAGGUGUCGGAUGUUAGAGAGGGGACUACGACUACAACCAGUUGUUGAGCCUAAAGAAUAUAAAUUUGGAUUUUGUAGAUGUGAUUCCGAUGUAUAAAUUUUUUCUCAAAUAUGACAACAAAAUGAAUUAAAAUUUUUC